UUUUUUUUUUUUUUUUUUAUAUAUAUAUAUAACGCGGGGAGGAAAAAGGGAAAGCAAGAAAAAAAAAAAAAUCACGCGUUGGGUGUCACCAAUGAUUGUGACUGGGUCGACGGGGGAAAACACCAUCUUUUGAACGAUUUUCCUUUUUGUUUAUCCCCCAGUUGCAACCAAAAAAGAAAACCUUUAGUGGCGCGUCAUGGAUUACGAACUUGAAAGUAGAACAGAGGAAGAGAAUGAGAAACUCAUUAACGAGGAGUAUAAAAUGUGGAAAAAGAACUCGCCUUUUCUUUAUGACCUUGUUGUCACACACGCGUUAGAAUGGCCUAGUUUGACCUGUCAAUGGUUUCCCGACGUAGAAGAGCUUCCUGACAAAAACUACAAGACGCAACGUUUAUUAUUAGGAACACACACAAACGACGACGAACCCAACUAUUUACAAAUCGCUUCCGUUCGAUUCCCUAAAGAAAACAAAUCCGAAGACACUCCCAUGGAAGAACUUGCCGACGAGAAGGAGAAUGAAACUUUUAUAAAGAUUACACAAAAGAUCCUUCAUGAUGGAGAGGUCAACAGAGCUCGUUACCAAAUUGAAAACCCAGACAUCAUUGCAACAAAGUCAAGAACAGGUGAUGUUUACGUAUUCGAUCGCACCACUUUUGAGCCCAUGCCUAAAGAAAACGAAAAGUUUAACCCCACCUUGAGAUUAACUGGACAUCAUAAGGAAGGUUAUGGUUUAGCUUGGAGCCCUCAUAAGCAUAAUGCUAGUCAUUUAUUAAGUGCUGGCUUUGAUUCUAAAAUUUGUCAAUGGGAUAUUGGAGGAACUACCAAAGAGAACCGCGAAUUAGAACCCAUUCGUACAUACUCGGCACAUACAACUGGUGUUGAGGAUGUGGCAUGGCAUACAAAGUUCGAAUCGAUAUUUGCCUCUGUCGGAGAUGAUGCCAGAUUAAUGAUUUGGGAUGCAAGAAACGAUUCGAAUAAGCCAAUCCAUAAUAUUCAAGCACACGAGGCCGAAGUGAACUGUGUUGCCUUUGCACCUAGUAGUGAAUGGGUACUUGCAACGGGUUCAGGCGAUAAGACUGCUGCAUUAUGGGAUUUGCGUAACCUCAAGUCACCUUUACAUAGUUUAAGAGCUCAUCAGUCUGAAAUUCUUCAGUUGGCUUGGUCACCACACCACGAUUCCGUCUUGGCAACAGCUAGUAGUGAUAGAAGAAUCCUUGUUUGGGACCUUUCUAAAAUUGAUACACCUCAAACACCUGAAGAAGCUGAGGAUGGACCACCUGAACUUCUCUUUAUGCACGGCGGUCAUACAAAUAAAAUUUCAGACUUUGGUUGGAAUCCUGCAGAACCUUGGGUGUUAUCUAGUACAGCUGAUGACAAUAUUGUACAAGUCUGGCAAAUGGCUAGCAACAUUUACAACCCAAAUCAAACAGAAUCCGAACAAGAGAAUCAAGUAGCAGAGACCCAAGAGAUGAUGAUGAUGAAUAAUAGUAUACCCGUCACAACUAGUACGAAUAACGAGAUGGCUGUCGUAGCGGAUAUCGCCACUGUAUCCACAUCCCAAUCAGCUAACGGAAAUUCAAUCAUCGAAACUAAAUUAGCCGCAGAUCUCGUCAAUAUUUCUAAACCUUCUUCUCCUAAACCUGAAGACCAAACUGAAGCAGAUAACAUGGAAGAAUAAAAUUUCUGUCAUUACAGUCACGAAAAUUUUCCAUUAUGAUGAUAGCUUCAAAAAUUUUUGAACAUGAAUAAAAAAAAAAAAAAAUUUAAUAUACUCAAUACAUCAACCACAUUUCUUUCUUAUAAACCUUAUACAAAAUAUGUGCGAUUUAAAUUGGUGUACUGU